UAUUGUAAACGGUAGGCGGCAGCUCUGUGAAUCAAAAUAAUAGACGUUUUUUCUUACUGCUUGAAUGAAAACGCAAAUGUGCCGCAUACGCAUCUGCGUUGAAUGACAUUUAAUUUUGCACGUUGAAAAUGGUACGCGUUUUAUUUCUUCACCCUGAUUUGGGGAUCGGCGGCGCCGAGCGGCUGGUUGUCGAUGCAGCUCUUGCGCUCAAGGAGCGUGGCCAUCACGUCAGUUUCCUGACGAACCACCACGACAGCACGCACUGCUUCAAGGAAACAGCCGACGGCAGUUUUCCAGUCGAGGUUGUGGGCGAUUGGCUGCCACGUAAGCUUUUCGGACGAUUCUAUGCCUUCUGCGCUUACCUCCGCAUGUUGUAUGCCGCCUUCUAUGCCAGUUGGUUUAUGGCUGGACGCGAGCAGGUCGACGUGGUAUUCUGUGAUUUGAUUUCGGUGUGCAUACCCGUUCUCCGUAUGGCGCGCCAUCGUCCGCGUGUCCUUUUUUACUGCCACUUUCCGGAUCAGCUUCUGAGCACCCGCGAGGGGACGCUCAAACGAAUUUAUCGUGCGCCACUCAAUUGGCUAGAGGAGCGAACUAUUGGAAUGGCCGAUAAGGUACUGGUGAACUCGAAAUUCACGUUGCGCGUUUUCCAGGACACAUUCCGUCGGUUAAGUAUUGUGCCUGAUGUCCUGUAUCCUUCCAUACACACACAGUACUUCGAUCAGAUAGAGCACAAACUAGAGCAGCGCUCCAGCGUCGUCGAUGUGCCUUUGCACGCUCGUGUGCCGCGUAAUUCCUUCAUUUACUUGGAUAUCAAUCGCUUUGAGCGCAAAAAGAAUCACGCCCUUGCCCUGCACUCUUUGCGCCUCCUGGGUAACAUGCUGCCGUCGUUGGACUUCAAGCGCUGUCGGCUGAUUAUUGCCGGUGGCUACGAUACACGCUGUUUGGAGAAUGUCGAACACUACGCUGAGCUGGAGCAGCUGACGGCCGAGCUUGGACUGCAGGAUCACGUAGUCCUGCUGCGUUCGCCUACAGACGAGGAGAAGUGUCGACUGCUAUAUGCGGCACAUUGUUUGCUCUACACGCCGGAAAAUGAGCACUUUGGCAUCGUGCCGCUUGAGGGGAUGUACUUCUCGAAACCCGUAAUUGCUCUUAACAGCGGCGGACCAACAGAAACAAUCGUACAUACAUCUACGGGCUUUCUGUGUGAACAGAAUGAGAAAAGUUUUGGUGGCGCCAUGUAUCAGCUUUUCCGUGACGAGGCCUUGCGCCUCAAAAUGGGCGAUCUGGGACACAAGCGGGUCCAACAGAAGUUCUCUUUUGAAGCGUUUGCGAACAAACUAAACGAGAUUGUGAAGGAGAUGAUUCCUACCAGCGCCCAGCAAAAGAAAUUCGACUAGACUUUGUUAUUCCAUUAUGGUUUCGUGUAUUAAAUGAUUUGCUUUUAGACAAGAA